AAGAGCCCCGCCCCUAGUCUUAUGACCCGCGCUGAAGCGCCUUGUCCUGGCGUUUGCAGCGCUAGUGGUCGGUGGUCUGCGGUCCUCCUGCCCGGCUUUUAGCAAGCCUUUCCCCUAGUGUUGGUGCUGUUGUUGCCACCGCCGCCGCCUUCGCCUCUGCGGAAUCAUGGUGUGCUUCCGCCUGUCCCCGGUUCCGGGCGCGGGGCUCGUUCUGCUCUGCCUAGUCCUGGGAGCCGUCUCGUCUUAUGCACUAGAACUUAAUUUGACAGAUUCAGAAAAAGCCACUUGCCUUUAUGCAAAAUGGCAGAUGAAUUUCACAAUACGCUAUGAGACUACAAACAAAAAUUAUAAAACUGUAACCAUUUCAGACUUCAGCACUGCAACAUACAAUGGAAGCACUUGUGGGGAUCACCAGAAUGGUACCAAAAUAGCCGUGCGAUUUGGAUCCGGUUUUUCCUGGAUUGUGAAUUUUACGAAGGACGGUUCUACUUACUUGAUUGACGGUAUCUCAUUUUCCUACAACAGUGGUGACAACAGAACAUUUCCGGAUGCCAAAGAUAAAGGGAUUUUGACCAUUCAUGACCCUGUGCGAUACAGAGUUCCAUUGAAUAAUAUCUUCAGAUGCAAUAGUUUAUCGACUUUAGAAAAGGAUGAUGUUACCCAGUACUAUUGGGAUGUUCAUGUACAAGCUUUUGUCCAGAAUGGCACAGUGAGCACAAAAGAGUUUCUGUGUGAAAAAGAUCAACCGUCAACCACCGUGCCGCCCGUCAUCCCCACCACCACGCGGUCUCCUACUACCACGCCCGUUCCAAAGGAAAAGCCCGAGGUUGGGUCCUACUCAGUUAAUAAUAGCAACGGUACUUGUCUCCUGGCUACCAUGGGGCUGCAGCUCAACAUCACUCACGAGAAGGUCGCUACCAUUAUUAACAUCAACCCCAACACGACGGACUUCACUGGUACCUGCCAUCCUCAGGCCGCUCUGCUCCGGCUGAACAGCAGUAACAUCAAAUUUCUUGACUUUGUCUUCGCUGUGAAAAAUGGAAACCGAUUCUAUCUGAAGGAAGUGAAUGUCAGCCUGUAUUUGGUGAAUGGCUCCGUUUUCAGCAUUGCAAAUAACAAUCUGAGCUACUGGGAUGCACCCCUGGGAAGUUCUUAUAUGUGCAACAAAGAACAGACUGUUUCGGUGUCUGGAGCAUUUCAGAUAAAUACCUUUGAUCUAAGGGUUCAGCCUUUCAAUGUGAUGGAAGGAAAGUAUUCUACAGCUGAAGAAUGUUCUGCUGACUCUGACCUCAACUUUCUUAUUCCUGUUGCAGUGGGUGUGGCCUUGGGCUUCCUUAUAAUUGUUGUCUUUAUCUCCUAUAUGAUUGGAAGAAGGAAAAGUCGCACUGGUUAUCAGUCUGUGUAAUCAAUUAAAUCUAGUGCUUCUUUUGCCGUCAGAAGUUACGUUUCCAUUGGCUAGGUGCCAGAAACUGCCGUGUGGUCGAAUGUAGAAGAUACGCAGACUAACUACAGUGAAUUGCUAGCUAACUUGGGCAUGAGUAGCACUCAUUUAAGAAAAAAUGUAUUAGGACCAUUCGUUUUUCUAUUUUUUUCUUCCUUUGUUAAAGUGUCAUUGGAAGAAAUAUUGUGGCUCAGAACAUGUUCUUUAGUAAAUAAUGAUUUUCAGCCUCUGGAUUCAAUUAUGAAAGCAUUUCUACUGACAAAUAAUUUUGUAUGUUGUGGUCACUUGUAUUUUGCUUACUUUGUUUGACGUUAUUUGCAAAAUCAAGGCUGUUCGAGAAUUUAACUUGCUUCGGGAAAUAAAUUCAAGAACAUAAUGAAUUCGUUUUCAUUGGUGGCAAGCAUAAAAUUUGGUUCAUUUUAAGACUUCUUUUCCUCACCUCCUAAUCAGGGUUAUUUAAAUUUGUUUAGUAUUUUUCUGUUAAAAAAGAAAGUGAGAAAUGGCUUCAGAAUAUUGUGCUUAAUAGCAAAAGUCUGGGCAUUUUCAUUACUGUUAGUAGCUACCAUAUUUUAAUAAGGAUGUCUUUUUUUUUUUUUUGCCUCCUGGUGUUUGGACUAUAUAGAUUAUCUCAGACUUGACAUUUGUGCUGAAGGAUGAAUGAAGACCUCAGCUUUAAAAGGAACAGUAUUGAUAUGGGAUGGGUUAUGGCUUUUUAGGGUUAUGAUUUAGAAUUUUUUCCCUUGAGGCUUAACUUGUUCAGAAAGUUAAUUCAUCCUGGAAAAAUAAACUCAAAUGUCUAUACUUUGUGUGCCUCCUGCGCUCCCAUUUCCUAUAUGAAUAAGUUCCAGUGGACAUUUUUAACGUAUUUGAUUUCUCUUUUCGCGCAGCAGCAUGAGUUAACUCUAGAGGCUAGUGGGCCCUGAAGUGACCUCGUCAGAGGAAUGCCUAGCCAAAGCUGGACUGGGAUUAUACUGUAAAUUUGUUGAUCUCGAUAUAAAUGUGUUGAUCUUGAUAUAGACUUGUAUCCCUGUAGGGAUCCUUCAUCCCAGGGCCUGCUUGAUUGGCCAGGCUGGUGACUUGCGUUUUGAUUUGGAAGCACAGUGUUGAAUUCUUCCAGGGCCCAAAUGGCUGCUUUGCAUACCUGUUAUUAGCCUAAGGCAGAUGUUUAUUUUUAUCAAGCUAUUUUAUCUCUAACUAAAACCUAAAGUCUCCAAAGAUCUGCCUUCAUUUCAGAAAUGUUCCCUGGAUUAAGGAAAUGAAGCCUAAAUCUUGGGUAAAGUUAGUUUGUUAUUAAAUUUGGUUUAAAAGGAAGAAACGUCAUCCACAUCUUUAUUUAUUAUGUUAUCUAUAUGUUCCUCUUGAAAGCAUAUGUUACAGUGUGCCGUGCAGUCAGCUUGCUCCAGUAUAUCUCCUGUGGAGCUGUCUAGCUCUGACUUGUGGAUUCAAGCUCUCCUCGGUUUGCAAAGUGUAGAAAGAAAGUUUUCUCUUAAAAUGUUCUUCUGUGAAAACAAUUAUUCAUUUUCCAUUUGGUCAAAAUGAUGGCCCCAUAAAGAACAGUGGCUUAAAAAAAAAAAAGAACAGUGGCUUCAUUUCAAUAAAUAGUGUUGAGACGAUUAUAUAGAAAGCCCGAUUAUUUGAAUCAGCUUGUGACCUUGCUACAGAUAUGAACUGGAAAUUGAGGGACAUUCACAAUUAUGGCUUCAUUUAAAAGUUUUCUACCUUCUGGGUAGGAAACUGAUAGCACGAAUUGAACUUCCUUAGGUGUCAGGGCUUUAUCGUAGAUAAUCAGCAAGCCCGUGUUUAAUUCUUGUUUGAGAAUGAAGAUUCAAAUACAAAAUAUUAAUGGAGGGUUCAAACACUUAGCUGCUAGCUGCUUCGAUUCCAGUCAGGACAGGAGGCCCCCAAUCUAUGAACUGAGUAUUCAAUUAGCUUUGCUUACUGAGUUCAUUUUUAUGUCAGUACAACAGUGGUCAGACAGUAGGACUUUGAACUAGGACAUAAAGGAUUGUUUCUUACCUAAGCCUCUUUGGGAGAACUGAUGCUUGCUGCUGCCUAAAGCUUUGGAUAUAUCCAUUUAGUGAACUACUUGUGGUAGUCCUAUUUGAUAUGUGUGAUUCUUAGAUCAGUGGGUUAAAAGACAAUAAAGAUUAUGCAAUCCAUAUCACUAUGGAUAACUUCAUUUUGAUGCCAUGUGCUCAGCCUUAAGAGCUUGGAUUGAUUUGUAUAAUCUGAGUUCCAUCAGGAAGAGUGCACCAGGAACCUUCAGUACAGACAUUUCAGAGAUAGGGGCCUGUGUGGUCAUGAAAAGUCCAAGAAAACACUGAAAACAAAAUAUGGAAAUCUAACGAAUAUAAAAGUUUUUGAAUAAACGUCCUUUCGGCCCA